UUCAAAAAUGGCAGAAAAAAGCCUUAAAAUCCUUAAGAAAAAUUUUUUACUAUCCAAAAAAUCCUCCAAACGCAAAUCCCCCAAGCAUACAGAAAAUACUAAAAAAUAAUUUUUUUAGAAAUUUAUCACUCCUCAAUCAAAAAAUGCACUAUAAUUAUUAUUAUUCCUCAUUAACUCUACUAAUAACCCUACUUAUACAAAAAACAAAAGCAACAACAGAAUGGUUUGGAGAUGCCCGUGCACACAUGAAUCCUCCACAACAACCCCCAUUUUAUGACAUUGUAUAUGAUGAAUCAGAUUGCCCCUUCGGAUUGGAAAGUCAUGCAAUUCCUGAAUACGUCUAUUUUGGUGAAAUGAUUGGAGCUAAACAAGUGCGUGAACAUUCUUUAUGCUUACAAUUUUGUUUGGAAACAACUAGAUGUAAAGCUGUAAAUUACUUUGAAUCGAUUGGGGGAAAAAAGGUAAUAAAUAAAUUGAAUGUUGAAAAUAAACUAGGGAUCGGAUAG